CGUUGGAUUGUGUGGGUGGCCGCAAGCUGGUUCAGCUCUCCAUUUUAGUCUCUUUCUAGGCAUGGCGGUACAUGAGACGCAGCAGACAUUUAACGUUAUUGAAGCUCAGAAGAAGUUAUUUGACAAUGCUUUGGAGGGGAACUUUGCAGACUUUGAGCAUAAAGAAUCACAAGACUUUGCCAACUUUGACAAGAUGAACAGCAAGUGCUAUGAAUAUCACAAUGAAGAAAAGCAAACUGAGGAUUUUGGGAAGGAGCAUUACAUCAGUGACAGAAAGGAAGCUUGUGGGAGUCCCUGCAGUAUGUCAAAGAUAGGGGAGAUAGAGAUUGACCAGAAGCUCUCUUUCCAAGAGCACAGGCUUGACACCAGCAGAGGUUUCAGGGACUUCAAGGAGGGCCUGAAAGAAGAAUACUCAGACAAGAGCUUCGCUGACUUCAAGGCAGAUAUGAAGAACAGCUUUACCAGUAGCCUGAACCAGAGCUUUGGAGAUUUGGAAACAAGUUCAAAUAAAGGUUGUGAUUUGGGGGAGCUGAGCUCAUAUGAUGUAGAGUGGGACUCCGACGGUCACCCUACUGGGGAGCGUUGGCCUCCCCUCGGAGCUCCUAACGAUGAUGAAGACAACCAGUCCCUCUACUCAUAUUCAGAAUAUAACUGGCAAAGGGGACAAAGUAGCAGAGGGGGGGCAAGGCUGGAGGAUGAUCGUCUGCAGCAGCUUGAAGAGGAACAGGAACAGCUCAACACAUCUCUCCUGGCCUUGACUUCACAUUUUGUGCAGUUCAGAUUGAAGCAGAUUGUAGAUGCUUCCCCAGAUGAGAAAGAAAAACUCCUUCAUGAGCUUGAGGAGUUUGCCAACAGGGGGAUUCCAGACUUACGAGAGGCAAAUGCUCGGAGAAAGUCAACUGUGAGCGAGCACGUUGAUGGGGAGGAAGAUGAUCAUGCAGGAAUGGCAAAACAGAAGGAGUUAAUUGAAAAGUUGAAGCAGCAGUUGGAGGACUUGGAAAACUAUGCCUACCAGACUGGAGAAGGUGGACCCCCUCAGGCCAAGGUCAUGGAAAAGCAGCGGGUCGUCAUAGAGCAGCUAAAAGGGAAGCUGAACUUAAAUGUAGAUGAGUUUGACAGACUAAGCGUGGAUGAUUUAAAAGUGCAAGUCGAUAGUGCAAUUCGUGAGUUGGUGAAUCCGCUCAAGAUGAAGGAACAGUUGGUGGCCCAACUUCAGACACAAAUUGUAGACUUGGAGAGGUUCAUAGAAUUCUUGCAAGGUGAGGGCACAGGUGGAGUCAUCAAAAAUGGCAAGGUCCCUUGUAGAUGCAAGACACCUGAAGCACGUCAUCCAGGAGAUGGUAAGCCACAAGAAAGUGGCUUUUCUCAGGGCAGGCUCAGUACACAGAGAUGCAAAAGUAAGAGCAAGAGUGAGGAGAGAGAGCAGCUCCAGAUUUCAAAAGAAUACUUUGAAAAAGACUCCACAGGGAAACCAUUACGGAGUUCUGGGUCCCGAAAUCAACAGGCAGAUAGUGAUUACACCAGUGAUUCUGAGGAGACCCCUAUCAUGAUAUCUAAUGAGGAGGUGACGCACAUUUUUCGCAAACAGCUAACUCCCGCUCUCAGAGACCUCAUGCAGCAUGGGCUUAUGCCAGUAAGAACAUUUAUAGAUUUAUUGAAGGUUUCAGUUUUCGAUUUACUAUGGUUGGACGAGUCAGAGUUUGGCCUUUCCCUCGUGUUUCCCCAGCGGUCACACAAACCUACAAAACUGAUGCAUGCAUGGGACCUCAUCCUGAAAUACUACCAACUCAAGAAGGGAGACCAUUACAACAGGACUCCAGCCAGGAGGCUCAGCCAGGGAAUUGCUCUUGAUUACAAUCAUAGCAACCCUAAGAAUAUUUGCAUCUCUUACAUUUUGAUUGUCAGUUUUCUGAACUCUGGUGAAUAG